AUGGAUUCACCCUUCUUGAGAACCGAAAGUCCAACUCCAUUAGGAAGCCUCUCUCAACUGUCCAGCAGCAGACCAUUGCACCCCACACGAUGCAUUCACACCAUCUCGCAAGAGGACAGAAAUUCAGUACUCUCAUUAGCAGCCAGUAAGAAAUACCUGUUUAGUGGCAGCCAAAGCUCUCAGAUCCAUGUUUGGGACCUUCAAACUUUCACCUUGGUUACAGUCCUCAAAGGCCACAGAGGCAGCGUGCUUGGUCUUACCUUGUCGCAAGAUGAGCAGUAUCUAUUUAGUAGCUCUGGCGAUGGUACUGUUCGAGUGUGGAAUACAGAGACACUUCAAUGCGCCUACUUGAUACAGUCCUGUCAUGAUGUGGGCGACAUUUUCUCCUUGUGCUAUUCUGAUGUGAACCAAAUGAUUUACUUUGGCAGCCAAAAUACAAGCAUCCAGUGGUACGAUUUCGCCGAUCCUCAAACACAUGGAUCCACACUCGACAUUCCAGCAAUUCCUGAAUCACCUCGCAAAAUGGCCAAUGUAAUCAACUUUUUCGAAGGUGGAGAGGACGCAGACGAUGAAUAUGAGCGCUUGCAAGAGGAACUGGACCGAGAUGUCAUCAAGUGCGUUAUCCGUGAAAAGAACGUGCGUGGAAAUGCUCAUGAUGGGUACAUCUACUGCUUGUUGCAUGCCAAAGACAUACCCAAUGUGGACGGAGAGGUACUCAUCAGUGGAUCUGGCGAUGGCGAUGUCAAGAUUUGGUUCAUUGAAAAGACAGGCAUCAAACUGCUGCACACACUCAAGGGCAAUCCCGACAAGGGCAUCCUCUGCUUGGCUCUGUCUGAAGACGGCUAUCUGUUUUGUGGUGUGCAGGGUGGGGAUGUUCAAAUCUGGGAUUUGGAGACACAUCAAAUGAUCCGCUCUGUGAUGGCACAUACCGAGGAUGUGCUGGCCAUCUCUAUCAGAGGGUCGGGCUUUGUGAGUGCAUCUGCUGAUGGAUCCAUCAAAAUCUGGUCAGAAGGCUUUCAAUUCAGAGAGAGUUUGAGCGAUCAUCAAGGCAUCGUCCUGUCAUUGACUGGCACAGCAAAUUACCUGAUCUCAGGCAGCAACGACCAUACCAUCAAGUUUUGGGAUAUGCCAUCCACUGUGCACAACUGCUUUGAGUCAUUCAGAAGACCCAGCGGAACGAUUCAAGAUGUGCCCUCCAGCAAUACGAUGCUUUACGUGCUGGAAAAGUGGAUUGCCAUGCGCACUGUCAGCGGAAACCCAGAGUAUAUGGAGGAAUGUAGACGGGGUGCUCGGUUCCUAAAGAAUAUUCUCCAGCAAUUAGGCGCUGUCAGCAGAAUGAUUCCCGGUGCUAGUGGUCGCAAUCCAUUAGUGUAUGGUAAAUUUACUGGAAGAAGAUCAUCUGAGAAGCACAUACCUACCGUCUUGAUCUAUGGUCACUACGAUGUGAUUGCUGCCGACAACGAAAAGAAUUUGUGGGGAAGUGAUCCAUUCAGUUUGACCGGAAAGAACGGCUAUCUCUAUGGCCGUGGUACCAGCGAUAACAAGGGACCCAUUUUAGCGACCAUUUUUGCUGUCAACGAGUUACUCAAGGAAGGGCUGCUGGAUGUCAAUGUUAUUUUCUUGAUUGAAGGGGAAGAAGAAAGUGGCAGUGUAGGUUUCUAUGAAGCAGUCGACCAAAACAAAGAGCUCUUCCAAGACGUGGAUAUGGUGCUGCUUAGCAACUCUUACUGGCUUGGAGAAGAUGUGCCUUGUAUCACUUAUGGUUUGCGUGGUGUCAUUCAUGCUACUAUUUCCAUUAGCAACAAACGAGCAGAUCUGCAUUCGGGCGUUGAAGGCGGCGCUGUAUCUGAACCGCUUAUUGAUUUGAUCCAUGUAUUGGGAAAGCUAGUAGACAGUGAUAAAAAGGUGCUAAUUCCGGGAUUCUACGAUAACGUCAGUCCUGUCACUGAAGCCGAAGAAAAGCUGUACGAUCCCAUUGUGGACUGGAUGCGUACAUCAGAGACAGCACAAUCCAGCACACGCGCUCAUCAUUCUACUAUUGCCUCUCCCAACCUCAGCAAGGGCGAGUCGACAGCAGCAGCAGCUAGAGCAGCAGCAGAAGAAGAGACACAGUGCAAAAUCGCAGCAGCCAGUAACGAGGCAUUUAACGCUGACAGGAUGAAGCAACAACUCAUGUCUCGCUGGCGAUAUCCCACCUUGACCGUACACAAAAUAGAUGUCUCCAUCAACAACCCUACGAUUAUCCCUCGCAGCGCACAAGCAGCUGUCAGUAUGCGUGUUGUCCCCGACCAAACUAUCGCAGACAUUUGUACUCAAUUCGAAGACUACGUGCAAAAGGUGUUUUCAGAGAGCACAGACUCCGAUAACUGCAUCUCUGUCACUAUCCAAAGUGCUGCUGAAUACUGGCUUGGUGACUUGAACAGCAAAUACUUCAAGGCGGUGGAAAAUGCCAUUUACAAUGAGUGGAAGAUGAAGCCCCUGUAUAUCCGAGAAGGUGGAUCCAUUCCUGCCGUGCGCUGGUUGGAGAAGUUUUGCAAUGCGCCAGCGAUUCAUAUUCCCUUUGGCCAAUCAUCUGAUCAAGCCCAUUUGCAUAACGAGCGUAUUCGUUUGCUGAAUCUGCAUGCUGGUAGACGCAUUGUAAAGAGUUUAUUAACUGCAUUGCCAGAAUUGUAA